AUGACAACGAACAUUUUUGCAGGUAAUACAGGAGAUGAAGCUAGCUCAUCUAGAAUAAUUAUAAAAAAUCUUCCAAGUUAUCUUUCAGAAAAAAGAUUAAGAGAUCAUAUAUCCUCGAUUGGGUGCAAUAUAACUGAUGUCAAAAUAGUUAAAAAAAGGUCAGAGAGCAAUCCAAAAGUAGAAUCUAGCAGGAAGUUUGGUUUUGUUGGCUUUUAUUCUGAAGAAGAUGCAAAAAAAGCUUUAGAAUACUUUAAUGGAACAUUUAUUGAUACUUCUAGAAUUCACGUCCAGUAUGCCUUCCCUCCAGGUUCAGAUUUACUUCCCAGACCUUGGAGUAAAUAUUCCGUUGGCAGUUCUCAGUAUAACAAGAGGAAUAAUAUUAAAGAAAACACGCAGGUUAUUGAUAAGGAACCAGUAACUUUAAAUAAAGAAGAUGAUUCGAAGAAAGAAAACUUUAAGAAAUGGAUUUCUCAAAAGAACUCAAACAAGAGUUGGUUAGACUCCGCAGAUCUUUUGGAUAAUAGUGAAAUUAACUCCGUUAAGAAAGAUCAUUCUAGCAAAGUUUCAAGUGAAAUUGUGAAACCUACAAAAGCUGGUGUUUCAAAUAUAAGGAAGCAUAUACAAUUUUCUGAAUCUGAGUCAGAUUUAGAUUUAGAGUCUGAAACUAAACAUGAAACAUCUAAUGAUAAUAAUGAUAACUCCAGUACAAACGUAUCAGAUUCUGAAUUAUUAUCUGAAUCUAAUAUAAACUCGGAAAAUGAUCAGGAACCUGAGGAAGUAGUCGAUAUUGGGGAGCAAAUAGCCACAUCUCCUGUUGAAACUUCUAGACUAAUGGUGCUAAAUAUUUCCUAUUUUACAACAGAAGAAGAUUUGAGUAGGUUCUUUUCCAAAUGGGGUGAGGUUAAAUCAGUAAGUAUUAUUCGUUCACCAGAUUCUGGAGUUUCAAAAGGAUAUGGAUUUGUCCAAUAUGAGUUUUCUGAGCAUGCAAUUUCUGCUUUAUCUCAAGCUCAUUUAUCUCUUCUCCAUGGAAGAGUCUUAAGAGUGUCUCCAGCUUUCAAUAAGCCAACAAAAACAAUUACUGAUUCUUUAAACGAAUCCAAUGUAAUAAUACACUCCAAUUAUAAACUCAAGGCUUUAAACAAGAAAAAAGAAUCCUCAACAGACAAAAAAACUUGGAAUUUGCUUUAUAUUAGUGGGAAUUCAGCAGUUAAUGCUUUUAUAGAUAAUGAGGAUAUUAAAAAACAUGAAAUUGUUGAUGUGCAAGCUCCAGAUUUAGCCUCUAGAGUAUCUUUAAUGGAAACUCACGUGAUUUCCGCCACAAAAGAGUGGUUAAAAAAAGAGGGAAUUUCUGUUAGAGCUUUUGAGGUGGAAGGAAGUGAUAUAUUUUCAGCAAAAUUAAAAUUUGAGGGAGUUGAGAAUACAGAAAGGAGCAGGGAUACUAUCAUCAUUAAACAUCUACCUUCAGAGCAAGUAACAUUAUCUGAACUUCAAAAAAUUUGUUCUCCUUUUGGUAGAAUCAACAGAUUAUGCUUAAGUCCAAGCAAAACUAUUGCGAUAGUACAGUUUUUAGACGAGUCCUCAGCAGACUCUGCUUUUAAGAGAUUGGCAUUUAAAAGAUUCAAAAGUGUUCCAUUAUACGUAGAAUGGGCACCUGUUUGUUUGUUUGUCUCAGAAACAGAAACCCAAGAACAAAAAGAAUCGGGAAAUAUACUUUUGAAUAAAGAAGCUUUGAAAAAUGACGAAGAUUUGGACAAUACAAAUGCCGUCCACGUAUUUGUCAAGAAUUUGAGUUUUGAGACUACAAAAAAAGCUCUUGAAAAUCUCUUUAAGGGAGUUGAAGGAUUUAAAGGAGCUACAAUUACAAUGAAGUCUCAUUCAGACUCUGAUGGAAAUAUUAUCAAGAAAUCAAUGGGUUAUGGUUUCCUUGAAUUUAAAACAAACGAAAAUGCCAAAGAGUGUGUCAAAAGGAUGCAAUCAAUCACUUUGGAUGGACACACAUUGGAACUCAAAAUCUCUAAGAGCUCCAAAACUUCUCAAGUGGUUAGUAACACUUCACUCCCUUACGGAACCAAGCUUAACGAUAUUGGAGUAAAAAAUGUAUCAAAUAAACUUCUUAUCAAGAAUCUUCCAUUCCAAGCAACUAAAUCUGACAUUAUGUCCUUAUUCAACUCUGUGGGUACAGUGACUUCUAUUAGAAUCCCAAAAAAAUCAGAUGGAACAAACAAGGGAUACUGUUUUGUCGAAUUUCUUGGGAAAUUAGAGGCUAUUUCAGCAUUAGAACAGUUCCAACAUACUCACUUGUACGGCAGACAUUUGAUUAUUGAGGUGGCAGAGAACGACGAUGACUCUUCUUCUAAGAAAAAAAAAAUAAAAAGUAGCUAA